GUUUGUUUUCAAAAUAGUACAGCUAUAUCCCAGUUUUUCUUCAAACAACAGCUAUCAGUUCUAUAUAUAUAGAUGUCGAUAUGUGUGUAAAUAAUACUGUACUAUAUAUCAGCUAAAAUUUAUGGAAGCGUCCUCUUUGGUAGCUCCCACGGCGAGGAGGUUAGAAGGCAAGGUGGCGGUGGUCACCGGCGGCUCCCGAGGCAUUGGCGCGACCACCGCCCGUGCCUUCCUCAGGCACGGUGCCAAGGUGGUGAUCGCCGAUAUCCUAGAUGACCUAGGUCAUUCCCUGUGCGAAGAAAUAAACAACCCUAGCUCACUCACUUACGUUCACUGCGACAUCACCAAGGACUCUGAUGUAAAACACUUGAUCGACACCACCAUAGCGAAACACGGCAAGCUGGACAUCCUUUUCGCCAAUGCAGGCAUCACAGGCAGCCCCACCGGAGCACAAAUCCUUGCAGCUGAUCACGAGGAGUUCCGCAAAAUCAUGGAAGUGAACGUGUACGGUUCUUUCCUCUGCGCUAAGCAUGCAGCUAGGGCUAUGAUUCCCGCGAAGAGAGGGAGCAUUAUUCUGAUGUCCAGCGUGGCAUCUGUGGUGUGUGGAGGCCUUUCACAUGCUUACUUGGCGUCCAAGCAUGCGGUGGUAGGGUUUACAAAAAACUUGGGAGUGGAGUUGGGGAGUUAUGGGAUCAGGGUUAACUGUGUCUCGCCUUUUGGAGUGGAUACGCCUAUGCUGAGGAAGGAGUUUGGAGUGGAGGAUGGGGAGGCUGUUAGGGGGUUUAUUGAUGUGAUCGGGAACUUGAAGGGAGUGGGAGUGGACGGCGAGGAUGUGGCGGCGGCGGUGGUUUAUUUGGGGAGUGAUGAAGGGAAGUAUGUGAGUGGUGUGAAUCUUGUGAUUGAUGGAGGGUAUAGUACUACUAAUGUUGCCAUAAGGGAGGCUCUCAUGAAAAUCAAGUCUUAGCAUUUCUGGUCUUCUUUGUUUCCUGUUUGUCAAACUAAUUAAAUUUCUGAUCAAUUCUUGUUCUCUGCUUUUAUCGAGUAAAUUUCUGAUGAAUUCUUGUUC